AUGCUAGCCGAGAGAAAGGGCUCAGAUGAAGUAUAUGCUGUGAAAAUCCUCAAAAAAGAUGUGAUCGUGCAAGAUGACGAUGUGGAAUGCACGAUGUGUGAGAAACGGAUUCUCAGCUUAGCGGCGAAACACCCAUUCCUCACAGCUGGUCCUACAACGUAUUUUACUAAAGUUAAAAAGUGUAUUCCAGGAACACCCGACUACAUCGCGCCUGAAAUUCUACAAGAAUUAGAAUACGGUGUAUCAGUAGAUUGGUGGGCGCUUGGUGUAUUAAUGUAUGAAAUGAUGGCUGGUCAACCACCCUUUGAAGCCGACAAUGAGGAUGAUCUGUUUGAGUGUAUUCCAGGAACACCCGACUACAUCGCGCCUGAAAUUCUACAAGAAUUAGAAUACGGUGUAUCAGUAGAUUGGUGGGCGCUUGGUGUAUUAAUGUAUGAAAUGAUGGCUGGUCAACCACCCUUUGAAGCCGACAAUGAGGAUGAUCUGUUUGAGAUUGACAUCUCAAAAAGCAGUUUAAAAAUACCAGAAUUGGAUUUUCAGUUUAUGACAAAGAACCCAUCAAAACGACUCGGUUGUGUACAGUCACAAGGCGGUGAGGAUGCGAUACGAGCUCAUCCAUUUUUCCGUGAGAUUGACUGGGAUGCUUUAGAGGCUCGCCGUGUUAAACCGCCAUUUAAGCCAAAGAUUGUAUGUUGUAGCUACCCGCUACCUUAA